UACUAUUGAUAAAAAGGCCCGUAUUUUUUGUCAUUUAUUCCCCGUGAACAAAACUAUCGCCAGUGUGAUCUGACGGACCGAACGAAAUAGUUGCUUUGUGAAUUAAACCAUGGAUUAUAAGAUUAUUUUUUGCUUCAUACUACUCACGUUCAUGGCCGCAGCAUACCAUGACGGCGAUGAUGAUUACAGUAAUUACGAAGAUGAAUAUGAAAACACACUUUCUGAUGAGGAAUUUACAAAAAAAGAAGAAGCAGUCACGACGAGGCCGGUGUCAUAUUAUGAAGUGACGGAAAUAGUAAUCGAUAUACCUGAUAAUAGAACGCGGGGACCUAUUAUAGCUAACUAUUCAAUAGCGAGACCGUUAAAUUUAGCUCCAACUACAACGACUACGUUGGCAACAUUUGAAAAAGAAAACAGCACAAUAGAAAAUAAUAAUAACAAUAAGGUAACGACAAAUAAAAAUGAUAAUGAUGUCAAAAUAACAGUUGAUCCAUAUAAUAAUAUACCUUUUGUGCCUAUCAUCAAAGAAUAUUGGCUUGGCAUCAAAAAAGGAAUUGUUGACGGUUUUAAUAGUAUUAUUAAUGUGAAUGAAAAAAGCAAUACUAAUAAUGGUGAUAAUUUUCAUAGUUACCCGGGACCAUUUUCUUUUAUAAGCAAAUUGCAAAAACAAAGUACCGAUGCCGCUCAUAAAUUUCAUAGUACGCUGUUCGGACAAAAAUUUGACGACGUUUUUUAA